GAACAGGAAGUAGAUCCAACUGUCUACACAUCACUCGAAGACCGACAGUAAGUCUGACGACAGUGAAAUUUUGUAUAAGUGAUAGUGUUAAGGGAUUUGUAAGAAAAUGCAAAUUCCUAAUGAAUAUAUCUCAACGGCUGAAGACGUUGCAGAUCAGGUUAUAAGAAAAUGCAAGCAUGUAUUACCAACAGUAGCAAGACUAUGUCUUAUAUCCACAUUUCUUGAGGAUGGACUGAGAAUGUGGUUUCAAUGGUCGGAACAGAGAGAUUAUAUGGAUUUGUCUUGGGGCUGUGGAAAAUUCUUAGCAACAGUUUUUGUGAUAGUAAACUUAGUAGGUCAGCUGGGCGGAUGUGUCAUGGUGCUAGGAAGACUGAAAGCGGACAUAGCUUGCGGGAUUCUGUUCUUCAUUGUCGUUCUACAGACGUUCGCGUACAGCAUACUAUGGGACAUGCAAUUCCUGUUCCGUAACUUGGCCCUGAUCGGAGCCCUGCUGUUGGUACUGGCGGAGGCUCGGGCCGAGGGUCGCAGUCUGUUCGCUGGUGUACCUUCUUUGGGAGAGAAUAAACCCAAGACUUAUUUACAACUCGCUGGAAGGAUACUUUUGGCGUUUAUGUUCAUAACGCUGCUGCGAUUUGAGGUGUCAUUCUUACAGAUUGUUCAAGACCUGCUGGGUUCAGUUCUUAUGAUUCUGGUAACAGUCGGUUAUCGAACCAAGCUAUCAGCAUUACUUCUAGUGUUGGUGCUGUCGGUACUCAAUCUCUACCACAACGCAUGGUGGUCGGUGCCUUCAUACAAACCUCUCCGGGACUUCCUCAAAUAUGACUUCUUCCAGACACUGUCAGUGAUUGGAGGUCUCCUGAUGAUAGUCUACCUGGGCCCAGGAGGUGUCAGUAUGGACGAGCACAAGAAACGGUGGUAACACCAGAGGUGGACAUUACUGAUGUGUUAUAUGUGUUGUAGCUAGGUGAUUGAACGGAACACUGGAUACCUUCUUAACAUUAAUUGGAUACAUAACUGAUUUAAUAAAGCCCUCUGUAUGACAUGUUGGCAGUAUGUCAAGUGCCUUCUCAUUGUACAGUAACAGUGAUCAUGUGUUAAAAAAAAUAUAAUUGUGAUUGGAAUCAUAAAAUGUGGCUGAAUAUUAAAUACUAUAUUGUUGUUGUAAUGAAUUUCUUGCACCUACUGAGCUAGUAGAGUUAUGUCGAUCAACUUUUCUAUUUCAAUUGUAAUUUGUUGAAGCUUCGCACAAAUGUUUUAUUUUUUUAUUGUUGCAAUAAGGUUUUUGGUUACAGCAUGUUAAAUUCAUAAUAUCUUCUAUAGCAUGUUACUUUGCUAGUCUUUCUUAAGAAUUUAUGACUUACGCGUAUUUUAUAGUCACUGUUUUUUUUUUAAAUUCACAUGUUAUAUACGUAUGAUGUAAAUGUCUUCAUAAUAUUAUGCCAACAAUGUACUUAUCGAAUGACAUUAUUCUGUGAAAGUUAUCAAAAAGGAUGACUGUCGUGACAAUGCAACCAUUAUUUAAAAUACUUCCCUCUGUUGACACUUUACACAAUCCUCAUUUCCUUGGAAUGUUUUUUUUUUGUUUGAGGAAUUCGAAAUUUAAAUUCUUUUUUGAAACCCGCUCUAGGAGUUCAAAUAUCAUGUUUGUUGCUUUGUCCUUUGUCAUUAGAUACUAUACAAACCUGCUACAUGGAAUCACAUUUAUUAAAUUAACAAUAUCCGUUCUUCCGAUAAAAAGAUGUUUAUCGACUUCAAGCGACCAUUCCAAUCAAUGAAAUAUAUAGUACAUACACGCCAGUAUCAGAUUGUACUCGUCGACUGACCGUUGGUAUUGGUAUCAUGUGGACCGUUUUUUUAUAUAUUCAAUAACAGCACGUGACGAAUGAGUGAUUUCUUAUAUGACUUUCCUUAAAAUUUUAUUACUUUAAAAUAAUAUAUUUUAAAAGACAAAAGAAUAAUAAUAAUAAAAUAUUUUUAUAGUA